CUAUUUCCUUAGUUUAGAAUCUUCAAUAAAUAGCAUGCUACAAGUAUUACCCUUUGUGGGACCCCAUUUAUAGCGUUGUCACACAUGGUACAAAGGCGCAGGCAGCCUCACGCCCCUGAUGCCACAAUAUAAGGUGUGGUACAGAUGAGGAGUAGCGGAUGGAAAGCCUGAUGUUUGUUUUCUUUUGCGACACAGUGGGCCCUUUGGUCAGACGCUGACAAUGCGGACACCACUUAAGCUUAUCGACAGGAUCUUGACCAGCAAGGACCCCAAAGAUAGAUGAAUCACUUUCUUCAGGAUUGCCAAAAUGUUGUCGACCAUCUACUUCCUUGUUUUUCUCUGCUUUAAAUUCGCCAGCUCCACAUAUUUCAAGGACUACUCUGAACUGUUGUAUAGGCCAGCAGGGGGCUGGCAGCGCAGUCAAUAUCACAAGCGUCAAACAAAUUUACCAGAGUGCCAUCUUAACUACACAACGGAUAUCUGGACUGGAUGUGCUGAUGUCCUCUCACAAUUCAAUAUCACGUUAGUAUAUUUCGAGUCCUCUAAUCCAGAGGUUAGUCCCAACUGCGACGGCUUCAUCCCGGGAAACACAUAUUGUAUAUUUCGAGGUUAGUGAGCAUUUUAUUUCUUAUUAAUUUUAACCUACUAACUAGUUUACAGCAUCAACAACAGGCACACACACCAAGCCUUCCACAAAUGGUCUAUGUGGUGUGCAGCAGAAUUGGACAAAUACAUGUGUAGGCAGUCAAUGGGGUAACUGCUGUGGUAGUGGCGGCUAGUUAGUAUCUAAAUAUUUCAAGGUCUAGUAAAACCUCGGAGAAUAACUCUUUUGCAGCUGUGGAUCGGGUGAGGAUUAUUGUGGGGAAGGCAAUUGUCAAGAAGGCAGUUGUGAUGGUGGACAAGUAUAUUCCACAGAUGGCCUUUGUGGCAAGGAUUACGAUGACUUGCCAUGUCCGCCAAAAUUCGGGGCUUGUUGCUCACAAUACGGAUCGUGAGUGCAACUCUUAUGCAUUAAAAAUCUGAUUAUCCAUCUACUGAUUCAAGCUUCCAGCUGUGGCAACGGGGCAGGUUUCUGCGGCACUGGCUGUCAGGGUGGACAAUGCCAAAGCUCAAGCACAACAACACCUAGUACAAUAUAAACUAGCACGCCAGCUCCAGGAAUUAUCAGUAAGGAUGGUACUUGUGGAUUCAAUUUUCAACAAACGUGUAAUGGUUCGAAUUUUGGAGAUUGUUGUUCUGCUGCUGGGUAUUGUGGGUAUGAUUUAUAUCAUUGUGAGAAUCUUUUAGGAUGGUACGUAUUUUUCAGCGAGGGAAAACAUGCUAGAUAUUUAGCUAAUUGGAGUAGUCAAACUAGCUAUGGUACUUGUAAUGGGACGCUGGCGAAUGUAACUACGACUGCGGGUAGUAGUGGCAGUUCCAAAAACUAG